UCGGCCUACUUUACUGUUGGAAGUAGGCAUAUAUUGUUGCAGUCCUAAGGGGCUUUAGUGUUGUUUCCGAUGUUGUAAAGUUUCAGUGUCGAGUUUAUUAUAAGGAUGGACCUUAUGAAUGUGUUUAAUUCGACGGUUUACGAAGAUUGUACCUAAAGACAGAAGGGAUGGGACGGGACUCUGUUACCUGUACUCUCGUGUGUGUUACAUGGAUUUUAUCACUCAGUAACGCUGAUCCACUUCUGCUGUUUGCCAACCACAAGGACCUCCAGAUAAUUGACGAGGCCAACCCUCGCUCAAACUCCAACAUCAUCAUCCAGAACUUGGAGGAUGCUGCGGCUGUGGAUUUUAUCUAUGAAGACGGGGUCAUCUUCUGGUCAGAUGUCAGCCUAGAGGUCAUCAAGCGGGUCUACCUCAAUGACACAAGCCGCCAUGACGUGGUGGUCUCUGUUGGUCUCAUGUCACCAGAUGGCCUGGCCCUUGACUGGUUGGGCAGGAAGUUGUACUGGACAGACUCAGAGACCAAUCGUAUUGAAGUCAGUAACCUGAAUGGCGAGCAUCGAACAGUCCUGUUUUGGCAGAAAUUGGACCAGCCAAGGGCUAUAGCAUUAGAUCCUCAAAAUGGCUACAUGUACUGGACUGACUGGGGGGAGACGCCCAAAAUUGAAAGGGCUGGGAUGGAUGGGAACCCUGAGACUCGAAGUGUCAUCAUCAGUGAUAAAAUCCUAUGGCCAAAUGGACUGACCAUUGAUUAUGCUGCAUCUAAAUUGUACUGGGCAGAUGCUAAGCAUAGUCACAUUCACAGCUGUGAUUUUGAUGGUAAAGGUCGCAGGGUGGUUGUCGAAGGGUUUUUACAGCACCCAUUUGCUUUAACACUCUAUGGGGACUACUUGUACUGGACUGACUGGCAGAGUAAAUCAAUCCAUAGCUGUAACAAGCUAACUGGCUCCAACUGCACUGUGGUCCUAGACAAAAUCUUUGCUCCCAUGGAUAUACAUGCGUUCAUGAGUAGCAGGCAGCCUAAAGGUCGCAAUAUGUGUGGAGCAAACAAUGGAGGGUGCUCACACCUGUGUCUGAUGUCUCCUCUCCCACCCUUCUUCACCUGUGCCUGCCCCACUGGUGUGAGACUGAUGGCUGAUAACAGAACAUGUGCCAAAAGUGCUGAAAAGAUCUUGUUCCUGGCUCGUAGACAAGAUAUUAGGAAAAUUUCUCUAGAUACUCCAGACUAUACAGACAUUGUUCUGCCUCUGAACAACGUAAAGCAUACAAUAGCUGUUGAUUAUGACACCAUCAGAGGGCACAUCUAUUGGACUGAUGAUCAAGUGAAGAAGAUACAGAGAGCUCAUUUAGAUGGCACAGAUCAAGAAGUUUUAAUGGAAUCUGAGAUAGAGCAUCCUGAUGGGAUUGCUAUAGACUGGAUUGCACAAAAUUUAUACUGGACAGACACAGGAACUGACCGCAUUGAAGUUGCUCGUUUAAAUGGCACAUCCCGUAAAGUUCUAAUAUCUGACGAGCUGGAUCAACCCAGAGCAAUAUGUCUUCAUCCAGUUGCAGGGUACAUGUUUUGGUCUGACUGGGGGAAGAAACCGCGACUUGAACGUGCAUUUCUUGAUGGCACCCAGAGGGUCACAAUUGUCUCAACUGAAUUAUCUUGGCCCAAUGGUCUGGCCAUUGACUUAGUGGACAAUCUUGUCUAUUGGGGAGAUGCCAAGAUGGAUCGUAUAGAGGUUGCAGAUAUGAAUGGGAACAACAGAAAGGUCCUGGUGUCUCAAACACUUCCCCACAUUUUUGGAUUUACAUUGCUAGAUGACUACAUCUACUGGACAGACUGGCAAGGCAGAUCAAUAGAGAGGGUUAAUAAGUUCUCUGGUCUUGAUAGAUCCGUCAUUAUUGAUCAGCUUCCUGAUUUGAUGGGCCUAAAAGCUAUUAAUGUCAAUAGACCAAAUGGUACCAACACGUGUGCAGACAAUAAUGGAAACUGCAGUCACCUGUGUCUGUUUCGGCCUCCACCUCUAAAACAUGUCUGUGCUUGCCCAAUGGGUCUUGAGCUUCGAGUAGAUGAGCACACAUGUAUCAUUCCCGAGGCAUUCCUGUUGAUAUCAAGCCAUACUUAUAUACAGCGCGUGUCACUAGAGAACAACCAAAAGAAUCAGAACAUUCCUAUUCCAGGAAUACAAAAACCUAUCGCCAUUGAUUUUGAUAUCACAGAUAGUAGAAUUUAUUGGACAGAUGUACAACAGCAGCAUAUAAGCCGUGCCUUUAUGAAUGGCAGCUCACUACAAAAUAUCAUUCAGUUUGGAGUGGAAUUGCCUGAAGGGAUGGCUGUAGAUUGGGUGGCUCAUAACAUAUACUGGGCUGAUACUGGUAAAAACAGAAUAGAAAUGGCUCGGUUUGACGGCUCGUCAAGAAAAGUUUUGGUGUGGUCAUCUCUUGAUAAGCCCAGAGCGCUUGCACUUGAUCCUCCUAAUGGCUACAUGUACUGGACAACAUUGGGUGAUCAAGUUCUAGAAAGGGCCCAUUUGGAUGGGACCAACAGAAAGGUUUUAGUUACAGAAAUAGGCAUUGUUCAGGAUCUCACAAUUGAUUAUCAGGAUCGCAGAUUGUACUGGACAAGGGUGGACAACCACAGCAUCAUGUCAUCUGAUAUGAAUGGUGAAGAUAUACGACUAGUUGUUGAGAAAGAUAUCCAACAACCCAUAGGCUUGACCCAAUACCAAGAUUUUGUUUACUGGACAGACUCCAAAAAGAGAAGCAUUGAAAGUGCCAACAAAACCACUGGACUCAAUAGGACUGUUAUCCUGUCUGACAUUGACAUGGUCAUGGAUAUUCAUAUCUUCCAUACUUCUAGGCAAUCAGGUACUAAUGCUUGUGGGCGAAACAAUGGUGGAUGUUCACAUUUAUGUUUAGCUCAUCCUGCAAACUUUUCAAAUAAUGUAACUCACUACUGUGAGUGUCCUACACAUUAUACUCUUAAUGAAGAUGGUCGAACUUGUUUAGCUCCAAAGCAGUAUCUUCUGUUCUCCACGCGCAAUACAACCAUACGGCUUGUAACUAAUCCAGAUGCUGAUGUUCCCUCUCCUGAAGUGGUUUUGCCCAUUAAUGGAAUGAAAAAUAUUAAAGCAAUAGACUAUGACCCAGUGGGAGAGUUCAUUUACUGGGUUGAGGGGAAGCAAAAGAUUAUUAAAAGAGCUCAUGAUAAUGGGACUAUGAUAACUACAGUAGUAAAUGAUCCAGAAAACUCUUUUCAACCCUUUGACAUUGCCAUAGACCCCUAUGGCCGAACCUUGUACUGGACAUGUUCAGCUCAUAAUGUAAUAAAUGUCACUCGUCUUGAUGUAGUACGCUCACCUAUAGGAAUUGUUUUGGCUGCCUCAACCAAUUUUAAACCUAGAUCGAUAGUUUUAUAUCCUGAAAAGGGAAAAAUGUUUUUUACCAAUAUGGUAAGUCAGCCAAGAAUUGAAGUGGCUUUGAUGGAUGGAUCCGAGCGAGUAACAAUCUACAAACAAAAUUUAGUCAUGCCAAUGUCUCUCACCAUUGAUACCAAAGAUGAGAUGUUGUACUGGGCUGAUCCAAGCCUUAAGAGGAUUGAAACUGCUGACUUGAAUGGGGGAAAUAGAAAGGUUUUGGUGGAUAGUCCGAAUCCUAGAGGACUGGCCAUUUAUGGAAGUUUUCUUUACUGGCUAGACAAGGAAGAGAAUGUUGUCCAGAGAAUUCUAAAAGCUGGGAAAAAUCCAUACUGGGUGAGAAGCCGUAUCCCAGGGCUAACGGAUAUGAUUGCAGUUCAGCACAGCAUUUCGGCAUCCUGGCAUCCAUGCUUUAAAAACAACAGCGGCUGCUCUCAUCUUUGUUUCAGUACAGACCAGAAGAAGGCCCGCUGCUCCUGUCCAGUUCACCUCAUGCUGAAGAACGACAAGCAGACCUGCGCAGAGCCUCCUACUUGUGCCUCGGAUCAUUUUAAAUGCCACAGCGGGGGCGUGCAGUGUAUACCGUUAGUCUGGAAGUGUGAUUUCUCAUCAGAGUGUGAGGAUAAUUCAGACGAGGAGAACUGCCAGGAGUGCACGGCCGAGCAGUUCAAGUGUAGCAGUGGGCAGUGUAUUGAUAAGAAGCUGAAAUGUGAUGGUAAAAAAACAUGCGAUGACGGGUCAGACGAGAAAGACUGCUGCCAGGGGGAUAACUGUGAGUGCGCUGACUGUAACGGUAAACCUGACUGCAAUGAUGCUAAUGGGCAUCCGUGUCCGAAGGAUUCGGAUAAAAGUAAAACUUCUAAGGACUACACCAUUGCCAUUGUAGUGGUGGUUGUUUUUCUACUUGUUGUCAUAGGCCUUAUCCUUAUCUGUCGUCAUAAAUCUAAUACUACUGCAGUGGAUGAGGACAUUGCUAUGGUGAAAAAACCAUUGAAUCCUCACAUACCAUCUAUUCUAGAAAGUUCUAGCCCACACAACACUCUGAGUAGAAAAUCUCAAGCAACUGGAAUAUCAAUGGGUUCUGGAUCUGGGCCCCUCUUCUACGACAGAAGUCAUGUGACUGGAGCAUCCUCAAGCAGCUCAACAGUCACCCAUUACCCUCAAGAAACUUUAAACCCCCCACCCUCGCCUGUCACAGACAGAUCUGUUUACACUGCCCCAAAUGGGGACAUUAAUUUAUCAAUGAAUAGUCUGUCAUCGUCCGUGCAGCGGUCAGGUGUUGGGAAUGGUGGAGGGGGUGGUGGACGGCGGCGGAACAACCACAGGCGGCAUCAUCAUCACCACCACCACCAUCACAUUCCACCACCCCCCACUACUCCCUGCUCCACUGAUGUGUGUGAAGAUAGUGAACCUUACCAUCAGACUGUAUUGCUGCAUAAGAUAUCUAACAAAUACAGCAGCCGCUCUUCACGUUCAAGAUCUUCUCGUUCAAAUGCCAAAAAAUUUAAAUAUUAUAUUAAUAACUCUGCUGUGGAGUUGAACUAUGACUCUGAUCCUUACCCACCCCCUCCGACUCCCAGGAGUCAUUACUUCUCAGACGAGGUUAGCUGUCCGCCAUCGCCAUCCACUGAACGGAGUUACUUUAACCCUUAUCCUCCCCCUCCUUCACCCGUGGCUACCUCAGACUGCUGAUUCUAAGUUGGCACUUGCGAUAUUCUAAAACAAUGGCCGGUCACUUCGAAACAGCCCAAAAAAAUACCUCAGGGGUGUGUUUUUUUUUUCUUUUCACUGUAAAUAUAUCAUUCUUUUUAAUUGACCAUUGCUUUGGAAAUGCAGUUGCUGGCCUUUGGUGUGUUAUAUUGUGAAAACAACACAAGCUUUAAUUUUUGUUUUGUGAGGGUACAUGACGAUAUCAGCGUGGAUGUUGACUGCAAGAGGGUGUGUAAAGCUUGAACAUUUUCAAAAGGCUAGAAGUUUUGCCGAAAGUAACACAAAUGGCACUUUGUGAAUACAAAUACUAAUGAUAUUUUUUAUUUUGUGAACCAUUGUUUGAUAUUAGACAUAGGAAUGUCUAACUAAUUUAUCAUAUUUUUUACUUGCUUUGGCCACAAAAGAUUUAGUAGGAGUUGUGUUGAAUUUGUAAUGUAUUCAAUUAAUUUUUAUUCUCUAUUAAUUUUUUUUGCAUCGGUCUGUAGAUUUUUAUUUGCAAAAUCUAAUGCAUGAUUCUUAAGAAUUAUUUUUAAAUCAGUAAAGAUAUAUUUCUAUAAUUAAAGAAGAAAAAUUGUUUUCUUCAAAUUAUUUUAUUCAAGAAAUAUAAAAGCACAAAACUCAUUAAAUACUACUUAGUAAGAACUUAAUAGGUAAACACUUAAAAUGUAUUCAAAUUAUUAUUCCUAUGGAAUUACAUUAGAAUCCUAAAGAGCCAUUCAUAUGAACUGUGUAUACUUUUUGUUUUGCUAGAGUGUGUAACUGUAAUGAAAUUUGAAAGGAAAAAGACUGAAUUCACAACCUGUGACCAACUUCUUGAAAUGCCAUAGGAUGUCUAAUUCAUUUUAGAAAAUAAUUAUUCACAUAUUCCUUACAGCUGAAUGAUAGUUAAAAUUAUAAACAUCACAAAUUUGAUACCUAGACGUUUGUUGGUAAAAUAUUUAAUAAGAGAUCAAAUUAUCUUUUCAUCUGCAUCAGGGAAUUUUCUACUCACUUUUAAUGCUUCUCUUUAUGUUAAAUACUGGAAUGUAUUUAAUCACAAGAAAACAUGAGUUAUUGAAACAUUAAUUUGAUCUUUUUUAAAUGCCAUUCUUUUAUCAAUAAUAGACUUUUUUUUAGAAUCGCUGUUUAUUAUUCCAAAGAAAAAAAUGUCUUUAUUAUUUUAUAUAAUAGUUGUUUUAUGAAAUUGUGAUACAAAGCUUGAAUUUACAAAAAUAGUUUUUAAGUUUCUUAGGAUUUUAUCAGCUUAUAUCAUUCAAUCUAUGCAAAGUAUUAAGCACAGAAGGUGUUAAAUAUAAUUGCAUGUAAAAAUUGUUGCCGUGAUGGAGGGCUGUUGUAACGUAUGGAUCCACUGAUAUUACAUAUUUAUGUCUGUUCCAGGUUCACUUCUCAUUUGAAAGCCCUUAUCAUUUGCAAUAAUAAUCACAGCUAUUCAUUUUCAAAUAUCAAUGUACACUAUGCCAGCAUGAGCUGGUACAAAAAAUAUGAUGUGGAGUAGUUUUAUAAAAAUAUGUAUUGAUUUUUUAAUCAUAAAUUGUAUCUUUUGAGAUAUUUGACAUGACUAGGAGUCCUUAACAUAAAAUAUUGUUGUCAGAAAUUGUGAUGUUUAUUUUCAAAUCAAUAUUUGAAGGUGAGUAUGGUUAACUUUCUUGUAGACUAUUUUAUGUGGCUGUAAUGUAUGUAAUAAUAAUGUAUUCUAGGUGACAACAUACAUGAUUUAUUUUAAUAGAUUUAUACUUUUUCUUAAAAUGUGUUUUGAACUGUGAUGUGAGAGCUGGUCGUGGUGUAUGGAUGGUAAUGAUGUACUAAGAUGUAUUACUGUCAUUUACAAGGUGCAGAAAGUUUUCUUGUCAUGUUUAAUUGAAUGAUUUUAAAUUAUUUACACUUUGUAAGUACAUGUUCAGUAGAAUACCAUCUAUGCCAAACUCUAGUGGAACCAUUUAACUUCUCAUAGUAGUAGCCUAAAGUUGCAUACUACACAUUCCCAAUGAUACCAAAAGUCACUUCUAAAAUUUCUUUUGCUCAGUGUGAGGUUAAUUACUUUUCAUUUUAAUAAUUUAGAAUAGUAAAGAUGUGUAAAUUAAAUUGUUUUAUUAAGCAUUUAAUUAGUUUGGUAAAUUUUUUAAAAGUUGUAAAUCAGUCCAAAUUUUCUAAGUAAGAUUUUCAUGACAAUAUUUAGGUUAUGUACCUCAAGCCGAGUGCAUCAAAAAUUAUUUUUAUUUUUACCACUUUUGUCACUAACAGAAAAAUAACUGCAUUACUAUAUUGUCCUGUUGUGUUCUUAGACAAAUUGUGAAGUUGGACGAAUUAACGACCCCAAUUUAAAACUUUCAUCCUCGCCAUACUCUUUUUGUUAAGUGCCAUCUGAAUGUUUUUUUGUAUCAUCCUGUUUACCUCAGAUCAAAAGUGGAUAGUGUCAUUCAUAGCAUGGCUUUAGUUAAAAUGUAUGUAUAUAUUUUUUAAGAAAAAAUGUUGAAUUAAUCUUGCUGAGACUGUAUGAAUAAAGAAUUAAAUUGUGAUGCAUGU